UUUCAAACAGAAUCAAGCAGAGUCACCAAAGGCGUCGUCGUCGCGAUAGAGACGACGAAGAAGAAGAAGCGAUGCAAAUCCUCUCGUCAAAGUAGAUCCUACUUCCAUCUCCAUCUUCCCGACGACGGAAUAAUCGAACUCCGAUCUCUUCUUCAUAGCUGUUUUCAGGAAUGGCGACGAGGAGAAACGUACGGUACGCUCAGCUUCCAGGGGACGAAGAUGAUGAGGAUUAUGCAAACGGUGGUGGAAGGAGAGAUUACGAUCCUCGAUUUGAUUAUACACCGAAAGCAUUUGAUAGAGUUCCGUGGAAAUCGAUAGCAUUGGCGUUGUUUCUUCUCUUCCUUGGUUGUUUGCUUCUUCUUUUGACGGUUUUUAUAUUUACUGGUCACAUGGAAGGAGAUAGCUCUCAGGGUUACGCGCUUCUUGUGCUUGGGAUUCUCACUUUCCUCCCUGGGUUCUAUGAGACACGGAUUGCUUACUAUUCAUGGAGAGGAGCUGAAGGGUACCGAUUUGCAGCCAUUCCCUCUUACUGA